GCAGCGCCGGACGCAGCUAGAGCCGCGCUCCCGGCCGCCUCCGCCGGCCGCCGCCUCCAAAGGCCUCCCCGGGCCCUGGCUCGGGCCCAGCCGCCGGCUCCCCCAUGCCCCGGAGCAGGCGCAGCAGCCGGGUGAGUGCCCUGGAGGGCGGCCGGGAGGAAGAGGCGGCCGCGGUGCCCCCGGCGCCGUUAACCUCCGCGCAGCAGACCGAGGCGGCGGCGGAGCAGACUGUGCUCCGAGGCAUCUUCGAGAUUGGAAGGGGCAGCUGUGACGUGGUGCUGAGCGAGCGGGCCCUGCGGUGGCGGCCCAUUCAGCCCGAGCGCCCGACCGGUGAUUCCAAGUAUGACAUGCUAUGUAAAGAAGAAUUUAUUGAACUCAAAGAUAUAUUCUCUGUGAAACUGAAGCGGCGUUGUUCUGUGAAACAGCAGAGAAGUGGCACUUUAUUAGGUAUUACACUUUUCAUCUGCUUGAAAAAGGAACAGAAUAAACUGAAGAAUUCUACACUUGAUCUUAUUAAUUUAAGUGAAGACCACUGUGACAUAUGGUUUCGACAAUUCAAGAAAAUUCUGGAAGGUUUUUCAAACAGACCAAAGUCAUUAAAAAUACUCCUUAAUCCCCAAAGUCACAAAAAAGAAGCUAUCCAGAUCUAUGAUGAGAAGGUUGAACCUCUGUUGAAGCUUGCAGGAAUAAAGACUGAUGUAACAAUAACAGAAUAUGAAGGGCAUGCUGUGUCACUGCUUAAGGAAUGUGAACUCCAGGGAUUUGAUGGUAGGCAUUGGAAACCAUUGUUUGCAAUACAUUGGAGUGUGCAAAGAUUCUUCACUGGCAUCCAAACAUUAGAACCAAGUGUCGUCUGUGUUGGUGGAGAUGGAUCUGCUAGUGAAGUAGCCCAUGCUUUGCUCCUUAGAGCCCAGAAGAAUGCUGGAAUGGACACAGAUGGAAUCCUAACUCCUGUCAGAGCACAGCUUCCACUUGGUUUAAUACCAGCAGGAUCUACCAAUGUAUUGGCACAUUCUCUUCAUGGAAUCUCUCACGUGGUAACUGCAACUUUGCACAUAAUAAUGGGGCACAUACAACUGGUCGAUGUCUGCACCUUUAGCACCACUAACAAGCUGCUUCGCUUUGGGUUCUCUGCCAUGUUUGGCUUUGGUGGAAGAACUUUGGCUCUUGCAGAAAAAUAUCGGUGGAUGUCCCCUAACCGACGGAAAGAUUUUGCUGUGAUGAAGACACUGGCAAAACUUAAGCCAGAAGACUGUGAAAUAUCUUUUUUACCAUUUAACAGCUCUGAGGAUGUACAAGAGAGGAGGGCACAGGGAUCUCCCAAAUCUGACUGUAAUGAUCAAUGGCAAAUGAUCCAGGGUCAGUUCUUGAAUGUCAGCAUUAUGGCAAUUCCUUGCCUGUGUUCAGUGGCACCUAGAGGCUUGGCACCUAAUACCAGAUUAAAUAAUGGAAGCAUGGCUCUUAUAAUUGCACGAAACACUUCUCGGCCAGAAUUUAUAAAACACCUGAAAAGAUAUGCCAGUGUGAAAAAUCAGUUCAAUUUUCCAUUUGUUGAGACUUACACUGUUGCAGAAGUAAUAGUUCAUCCAAGGAAUAAUUCCAGCAGAUACAAUCCAGAGGAAGAACCUCGUGAAACUGCUUCAGAAAACAGUUUUCCUUGGAAUGUGGAUGGUGAUUUAAUGGAAGUUACAUCAGAGGUCCAUGUUCGAUUACAUCCAAGACUUAUUAGUCUUUAUGGAAGAAGCAUAGAAGACACAAAUGAUUCCAAAGUAACAUGUAAUUGUUUAUAAAAGAAAUGUGUAAAGUAGAAUUUUAGUAUGAAGGAAUGUAGCCAUGUUUU